GAAGCUCCUAACUCUGGUUAACUUAACUAUCCAUUUCCUCACACCAUUACACAAUAAAUAAAUCCAAGUAAAUCGGAGUCUCCAUUAUCCACUCCUGUGGUUCUUCUUCUUCUUCUUCUUCAUCUCGAAAAGUGUACCAAGAUCGAAUGGCGUCGGCCUCACUCCCAGAACAAGUGUUGAAGCACCUCUUCUCUUUCUUAACCUCAGACAAAGACCGCAACUGUGUCUCCUUAGUCUGUAAAUUGUGGUACGAGGUGGAGAGGCGAUGCAGGAGGAGUGUCUUCAUCGGAAACUGCUACGCCGUUACUCCUGAUAUUAUGAUCAGACGUUUCCCUCAACUCACUUCUCUCACUCUCAAAGGAAAGCCCCAUUUUGCUGACUUUAAUCUCGUCCCUGACGGCUGGGGUGCCUAUGUUGAUCCUUGGAUUGCUGCCAUGUCCCAAUCUUAUCCUUUUUGCCUCGAGGAGAUUAGACUUAAGCGAAUGGUUGUUACUGAUGAGUCUUUGGAGUUGAUAUCCACCUCUUUUCACAAUUUCAAGGUCUUGAUCUUGUUGUCUUGUGAAGGCUUUACUACUGAUGGACUUGCUGCCAUUGCUGCUAACUGCAGGAAUCUGAGAGAACUAGACUUGGGAGAAAGUGAAGUGGAGGACCUAAGUAGUGAUUGGCUCAGUCAUUUUCCUGAUGGCUGUACUUCACUGGUGUCACUUAACAUUUCUUGUUUGGGUUCUGAGAUCAACUUCUCGGAUCUGGAGCGUCUGAUUACUUGUUCUCCUAAUUUGAAGACACUUCGGCUCAGUCAAGCUGUGCCCCUUGAAAAGCUUCCAGACCUAUUAUGCCGUGCUCCACAAUUGGUUGAAUUUGGUACAGGUGCCUACUCCUCUGAGGUACAGUCUGAUGUUUUCUCAAACCUUGAAGAAGCUUUUUCAGGCUGCAAGAAACUUGAAGGCUUGUCUGGAUUUUGGGAUGUCACGCCAGCUUACCUUCCAGCUGUAUAUCCAGUUUGCUCCAGACUCACCUCAUUGAAUUUAAGCUAUGCUACUAUUCAAAACCCUGAUCUUAACAAGCUCAUAAGCCGGUGUCACAAUUUGCAGAGAUUGUGGGUACUAGACUACAUUGAAGAUACCGGUCUCCAGGCACUUGCUGCUUCCUGUAAGGACCUUCAAGAACUUAGGGUGUUUCCUUCUGAUCCCUUUGGUCCAGAACCAAAUGUUUCCUUGACAGAGCAGGGUCUUGUAGCUGUCUCAGAUGGUUGCCCUAAGCUCCAAACUGUUUUAUAUUUCUGCCGCCAAAUGACAAAUGCCGCUUUGGUUACUAUUGCUAGAAACCGUCCUAACAUGAUUUGUUUUCGCUUGUGUAUUUUGGAACCUCGAUCUCCUGAUUACUUGACUCUUGAACCGCUUGAUGCUGGUUUUGGGGCAAUAGUGGAACAAUGCAAAGAGUUGCGGCGACUUUCUCUUUCUGGCCUUCUUACUGACCGUAUAUUUGAGUACAUUGGGGCCCAUGCUAAAAAGUUGGAGAUGCUUUCCGUCGCAUUUGUUGGGGAUAGUGAUUUGGGCCUACACCAUGUGCUCUCUGGUUGUGAAAGCCUUAGAAAACUAGAGAUCAGAGACUGUCCCUUUGGAGACAAGGCUCUUUUGGCUAAUGCUGCAAAGCUGGAGACAAUGAGAUCCCUUUGGAUGUCUUCUUGUUCGGUAAGUUUUGGAGCCUGUGAGCUGCUAAGUCAGAAGAUGCCUAGGCUUAAUAUUGAAGUUAUAGAUGAGAAUGGUCCUCCCGACACGCAGUCGGAAAGCUGUCCUGUUGAAAAACUUUACAUAUACCGGACAGUGGCUGGACCAAGGUUUGACAUGCCUGGUUUUGUUCGGAUAAUGAAUCAAGAUGCCGCACAUUAGCAAUUGAAAUGCAUUAGCUUCUGCAAGGGUGAAGGGCAAGCAGUUCACCUUCAAGUUAUUAAUCCUCCCUGUUCGUUUAUUCAGGUCUUGUGUAGUGCAGUGCUGGUUGAGGUGUCACAUGGUAGCCAGGAAGUGUUACGUACAAGAGCUCACAAGCCGUGGACACUUACACAUGUUGACCGAGUUAAUUUACUCCAAUUUAUAAGGAGUUUAAGCUCUGUGGGGUUGUUGACUGAGUAUUAUUCAUUUGGAGUAAGAAUUACUGGUAUUUUGUUUUGGUGGAAGACUGUGGGGGGUGUUCAGAUUUGGACUUUGUGUAUUUUGUUAUGCAGCUAAUUUUAUAAUUCAGAGCUUCUAUGUUUUAUGAAA